UCUCUCUCUCUCUCUCUCUCUCUCUCUCCGAGGCCUACCUAGGCGUUUCUGUCUUCACAUCGCCAGUGUAAAGUUCACCGCGCUGGAUUAAAGAUCUUGUCAUCUUCAGUAAAGCGAGGUAUCAACAGAAAAUGAGCGUUAUUUUCACCUGACCACCGUUUGAUCCCGUCAUCUAACGAGAGCGUUCCGGGAGUGUUCUCGCAGAACCGGGGGUCUGUUUAUUGAGAAAGCUGCAACUCAGAGGAGUCUGUUAUAGGUGAGAAGUUUCCCUUCGAUGGCAUCCAGACUGUUGGACAAGAUAAAAAUAAUGUGCUGCUAGUGAUGCAGAGAACGACAUGGACAGACGAUAACAAAUCGUCACGCUAGGGGUGCGGUCUUGGUUCGUUAUGACAAGUGGCUGUGUGGAAGAUGUCCACCCUUUCUACGACUGAUAUCACUGAUGUUGGUCAUGGGGACUCCCUGUGCUGUGCCGGUGAAGAAGGCCCUUCAGCAGCGAUAGCAAAAGUGAAACAGGAGACUCUCAGUCAGACGGUGUCAUACGGCACCUCACACAAUGACCUGAACGACACGCUGCUCAUGGAGCCCAGCGACAUCAAGAUGUACCCCACAGAGGACACACCUCUACCAGAGGGUCGGCCAGUCAAGAGAAAGAAAGGCCCUGCUCCCAAGAUGUUGGGGAAUGAGGUGUGUAGUGUAUGUGGAGACAAAGCAUCUGGCUUUCAUUACAACGUGCUCAGCUGCGAGGGCUGUAAAGGUUUCUUCAGGCGCAGCGUCAUCAAAGGAGCUCGAUACACCUGUAAGAAUUCGGGCCGCUGUGAGAUGGACAUGUACAUGCGCCGCAAGUGUCAGCAGUGCCGUCUGCGCAAGUGCAGGGAGGCAGGAAUGCUGGAGCAAUGUGUGCUGUCAGAAGAGCAGAUCCGACUGAAAAAGAUGAAAAAACAGGAAGAGGAGACAGCACGUACCUCUGCAGUGGCAACACCCGGUCCUGCCCCCGAGAUGCCCUCUCUGGCUCCUGAACAGCAGGAGAUGAUCGAAAAACUGGUGGCCUUGCAGAAACAGUGCAACAAACGCUCUUUUCUUGACCGGCCCAAAGUCACUCCAUGGCCACAGAGUCAGGACCCACUUAACCGAGAGGUUCGACAGCAGCGGUUUGCUCAUUUCACUGAGCUGGCCAUCAUGUCUGUGCAGGAGAUUGUAGACUUUGCUAAACAGCUGCCUGGCUUCCUGGAGCUCACCCGAGAGGACCAGAUCGCCCUGCUGAAGACCUCAACUAUAGAGAUCAUGCUGCUAGAGACUUCCAGACGUUAUAACCCAGCGAUAGAUAGCAUCACCUUCCUCAAAGACUUCAGUUACAAUAAGGAAGAUUUUGCCAAAGCGGGACUGCAGUUUGAGUUCAUCAACCCCAUCUUUGAGUUUUCAAAAGGCAUGAAUGACCUCCACCUGGAUGAGGCGGAGUACGCUUUGCUCAUCGCUAUCAACAUUUUCUCAGCAGACCGACCGAACGUGCAGGAUCACGAGUUAGUGGAAAGACUACAGCAGCCAUAUGUGGACGCUCUCCACUCUUACAUCAGAAUAAAACGACCCAACGAUCAUCUGAUGUUUCCCCGGAUGCUGAUGAAGCUGGUCAGUCUACGCACACUGAGCAGCGUCCACUCAGAGCAAGUCUUUGCUCUGCGCCUCCAAGACAAGAAACUCCCACCUCUGCUUUCUGAAAUUUGGGAUGUCCACGAGUGAGCCAGCGCUCCACCUCCAGGACAGAAUGAGGCAGUGUCAGGAAAACAUGGGUGGGCAGGGGUCCUCUACAGACAGAACACAGGGUCAUGAUGUCCUUAAGGGCUGAAACGUCUCCCACUGUCACAAGAAGCCUGGUUUUAUCAUUCUCUUCCUUGACCUCUGUAUUUUGGACCCAGUGGUCAGUGAGCUGCUUCCUUCGAAUGUGCUGUUGAUAGACUGUAUGGCCAGAAGUAGCUCAGGGACCGUUCAGAACAGGUGAUGGUUAUUUGACCAUGAUCAUUUGGGCUCGGGCAUCUGGAUGGGUUUGGAUUCAGAGACUGACUUGCUGGAGUGAGAAGCCACAAACAGAGUGGUCAUGGUUUUUUUUUUUUAGUUGUUGUUUUUGUUUAUAACUAAUGUUUCCAGUACCAAACGCUUUGAGCAGCUUUUGGCAAUGGUUUCUACUUUCUAAUUAACAGAAGAGGUUGUCUAGAAGGUUCUUCAUUACAGAAAUGUAGUUUAUUUACAGUGGGUUUUUUUUUUUAUUCCACUCUGGCUGAUUGAUUGGAAAUGGCUGAUUUUUUUAUUACAUGCAUAGAUCAUGCACCGAAAUGAGUAACAGUCUUCUGUUACUGCAGACUCAUUCGCUCAGUUUUAUUACAUGAUGUUUGACAUGCAUUUAGUCUCUAAUUAAUGUUAAACCGUAAUCUUAACACCCAAAGGUUUUUAUGGACAAAGUCAAUCAGUGCUUUUCCAGAACAAGCCAUUCCGAGCCUGUGUUACACUGAUCCAGCAUAUCACAACGUACACAAGGAAUUCUGUUUUCUGCUGGUUGGAAUAUUCAGAAGAAGAACUGACAAACUAAAUGGCCUGAUUUUACAAGGUCAAACGUAUUGCAGAUGUAUUCUGCACACCAACCCAAUGUUUUGGAGUGGUUAAAAAGGGCUCAUCAGUGAAGCAUAUGGUUGGCAGGGAUCGGUAAGACUCACUGGAGCCAUUAAACCGAAUCAGUGUGCUGCUCAACUCACAGCGACUACUGAGAUGCAUAGAUACAGUAGAUAGAUAACCUUCUGAAAACUUUAAUGUAGACCAUGAUUAUUCCUUUUGCAUUACAUUAUCAUGUUUAGUUACUGCAAUCUCCAACCUUAUAUGCUGUAGUUUCUCAUUCUCCUUGGACGGCUGAUGUUGUUUGGCAGUUAAUUCUUGAAAACUUAAUAUACAUACACAACCUAAUUCUCAGUUUGAUGCCGAUGUCUCGAUCAAUGUGUCAUUUUUGUCCCUGGAUACAACACAAAUCACAAACGAACAGUAUAGUGCUAUAUAGCUUCCAAAAUCAAUGGUUGAAAUUGUCAUAGAAAAUAACUUGGGCCAUUAUUGUUGAUCUUCAUCACCUCAUAUUUUUUCUAUUUCUAAUAUCGUUGUUAUAUUUAGUUCUAUAUACACCUAUUUCUUCAAUGAGGAUGGUUUCGUCAACUUUUAUUCACACAUACUAAGUCAUUUCAUUUAAAUGUUAAUAUUCCUUGUGUGUGCGAUUGUUUAAAAUGAUCUAGCGGGCUGUUUUAACAGUUUUGUUGUACCUCACUUGUACAUUGUGAAUAUAUUCAGAUAGUCUGAAAGCACCUAAACCUGUCCCAUCUACAUCAAGAGUGAUCGGCAAUGUAUGCGAAACAACCUUAUUUUGGUCUUAAACUGAACCGUAUCACAGCAGUAGCUCUGAAAAAAGGGACUAGGCAAAUGAGAGCUCUUUGUAACGUCUUCUUAUGCUUCGUAACAAUGCAAAUACCCAGUGUGACCAUGCACAAUUCAGGUUUUACUGAUCUUAAAAACCACUUUUAUGGAAAACAUGGGUUGUGGGGAAUCAAUUACAGAAACUAACAUUGCAAAAAAUUACCAUAAUUUCCAUGGUUGACUUAUACAGUUGGUUUGCUGUGGCAUUCUUUGCCCUGCCUGUGCAAAUGAUUGAGACUUUGUUUCCUGAAUCAGAUGCCCAUGCGUAUGUUUUUAUACCACCUUUCUGUCAGCUUGUGAAAUUGCUAAUGCACAUGAGUUUUACUCAAGCUCUUUUUGAUUUCUGAUUAGAGAAAUCAAAAUUUCAGGCUCAUUUUAUUCUAAGUCAUUUCCGAUCUUUCACAAGGGCUUGAAAAUACAAGUGUGUUAAUGCAGGUCUUUUACCUUCAUCUGUUCAUAUUUCCCCAGUUGGCUGAGCAGCCAAACUCAAACUCAAACUUGGUAUAAAACCCACUGAAAGACAUGCAUUGUUGAACCUCUCUAAUCUUCCUGAUGAUUUGUCAUUGCUUAUCAUCUGUUUGUGCACAUAUGAAGUGUGAUGAGGGCAUAGACAAAUUCUAGCAAUCACCGUAAUGAGCGUCUACUCUCGCCGCUCUAAGCUUUGUGUUCUCCAAACUGAAAUGAUAAAAUGAUUUUCUAACAGAAUGUUAUUACCUGAGGCAGAGUGUAAUGCAAAGUUGAUUGUGGUUCUAAUUUAUUUGUACCCUCUCAGCUCAGUGGACCCCGUUGCUCUGAUUAACAUUAGUCUUCAAAAGAGAGUCGUGGAAGGAUGAGAUCAUAGAAAUGCAACCUUAUGUUUCAACGCCUUAAGUCCUUGGAUGUAUACUGCUUUAUAUGUAUAAAUUAAAAGUAGACUAAAUUUAUUGUUCUGUGAGAGUAUAUAUUUAUCUGAUAAAAUGCUGAAAAACUUAGAUGACUCAAAGCCUAUUCUUUAUACAGAAUUGCAUUUACCUAAAACAGGGAACCUCCGUAUUGUUGGUCUUUUUCGUAUUCUGCUGUUUUUUUUUAAUAGAUCAGGGUUGACCCUGUAAAUAAAUACUGAAUCUGAUCUUA